AUGAAUAUUCACACCUUAUUUGGAGUAAUAAUUUAUACACUUAUGGCAUCAAAAUAUAGUUGCCAUGAAAGAGAUGAAAGUAAUGUUUCAUACGCUAAAGUGCAUACACUAUCCUCCACUGAAAAUGAAUCGGAUGUUUAUAAAGCAACAGACAGACCCGAUCCAGGAUAUAAUCAUAUUUUAGAUUUAAUAAAAGAAACAGGGGAAAAAAAUCAUAAUAUGACUGCUGUAAUUGAAAAUGCACAUGGAAAACGUAACGAAUCAUAUACAUACAGAACAUUGUUAAAUAAAAUUAAUGGUUUUUCAUCUAUUUUAAAUUCACAUGAUGGAGGUGUUCCUGAAAAGAUAUAUGAUGAAAAAGAAAAUGAUGGUAAAUUUAAAUUAUUAGGUAUAUAUGGAAAUAAUUCUAUGAAUUGGCUAGUAGCAGAUAUGGCUGCUAUGAAUAGCGGUGUUACUACCUUAGUUAUGCAUUCUAGAUUUAGUAUUGAUGAAGUUAUUGAUAUUUUAAAUGAAUCUAAAUUAGAAUGGUUAUGUUUAGAUUUAAAACAUGCACAAGUGAUAGUAGACAGAAUACAAGAUUUACCACAUUUAAAAAAACUUAUAAUACUUGAUCAUGUCCCAAUAGAUGAUCCUAAAAAAUCAAAAGAAUUAGAUAAAACUAGUAAUAGUGAAAAAAAAUCUUUAAAAGGUUCACAAAAAUUGAAUGAACCUUCUACAUCUAAUUCAGAAGAAAUGGAAUAUAAAGAACUAAUUGAAAAAGAUAAACAAAAUUUAUAUGAUACAUAUAUGACUGUUAGUCAAGCUGGAAAAGAAAGGAACAUAGAAAUACAAUCAAUGGAUUAUAUGAUAAAAAAAUAUGGUAAAAAUAUCACAGAUGAAAAUCAUCAAAAUAAAUCUCCAAAUUUUAUUAGUACAAUAAUUUAUACAUCUGGAACAUCAGGAAAACCAAAAGGUGUCAUGUUAAGUAAUAAAAAUAUACAUAAUGCAGUUACAGCAACUGAUAAUUCAAAUAUUCAUGAUUUUUUUUCAACAAAAGUUCAUCUUUCUUAUUUACCAUUAUCACAUGUAUUUGAAAGAAUCGUUAUGUAUUUUUGUAUGUCUAGAGGAGUUUCAGUAAAUAUUUUUAGUAAUAAUAUAAAAUAUUUUAGUAAAGAUUUAAUGGGAUCAGAAGCAAGUAUAAUAGUUGGUGUUCCUAAAAUUUUUAAUAAACUAUAUACUGAUAUACAAACAGAAAUAUCUAAACUUCCAGCAACAAAAAGAUAUCUUUUAAAAAAAGCAUUAGAAAUAAGAAGAUCAAAUAAACAUUCUAAACUUGAUCAUAUGGUUGAAGCUGUUACAGGUAUAUCUAAACAAAUUAGAAAUAAAAUAAAUCCAGCAUUAAGAGCCCUUGUUAAUGGUGGUGGAAAAUUAUCAGAAGAUGUAGAAAGAGAAUUAUCUCUUUUAUUAGAUGUUGAUAUAUAUCAAGGAUUUGGUAUGACAGAAACAGCUGGACCAAUAUUUAUGCAACAGCCUAAUGAUAAAAAUAUUAAUACUGUUGGUGGUCCUUCUAUACAACCAAUUGAAUAUAAAGUAACAACAUGGGAAACAUAUGAUGCUGGAUCAAAACCACCAAAAGGUGAAUUAUUAAUUAAAAGUGAUCAAUUAUUUAGAGGAUAUUUUUUAAAAGAUAAUUUAACAAAAGAUUCAUAUACAUCUGAUGAUUAUUAUAAAACUGGUGAUGUUGUACAAAUUAAUCAAAAUGGGUCAAUAACAUUUUUAGAUAGAUCCAAAGGAUUACUUAAAUUAUCUCAAGGAGAAUAUAUAGAAACAGAAACUUUAAAUAAUUUAUAUACAAUGAUUCCAUAUAUUAAUUAUUGUAUAGCAUAUGCAGAUGAUACAAUGGAUGGUCCUUUGGCUAUUUUAUCAAUAAAUAAAGAAUUGUUAGGAGAUCAUUUAAAUAAAGCUGGUAUACUUAAAAAAUUAAAUAUAACUAAAGAAGAAUUUAUGGAAAAGGUAUCUGAUGAAGAUCUAAAUAAAAAAGAAUAUCUUGAUUAUGUUAAAAAAGAUAUGUUAGAAACUUAUAAUAAAACAAAUUUAAGCAGACAUAAUCUAAUUAACGAUGUAUAUAUUACAACAGGAGUAUGGGAUACCUCCAAUUAUUUAACACCAACUUAUAAAGUAAAGCGAUUUAAAUUGAUCAAAGAUUAUGAUUUCUUCUUACAAAAGGUCAAGUCAAAAUAUUUGGAAAAGCUUAAGGGCCAACCGGCUCCUGCGAAAAACUGA